AUGCUUCCCUCUCCCCACCCGUGCCCUCUUCAAUCAAGGGCCGCCCGCUGGGAAGGUCGACUCUACCUCUUCUUUGUAACCCUUCUUACCCUCCUAACCUCCCUCACCGCCGUCUACACUCUCUACCACCCCCCACCACGGCACCCUCCUCUCCCUACUUACCACGUUCCCUUGCAACUCUCUCUCGUUUUCCUAUCCCUCCUCUCCUUCUUCUGCUGCCACUUCACACAUCCGGGUCCCCCCUCUCUUUGGUCCGACCUCCGCCCAGAUCUCCCGCACCCGCUCUACCCGUCCCAACCCCCUCCCGCGCCGCGCUACUGCCUCCCAUGCUCCGCACCGAAACCCGCCCGCGUCCACCACUGUCGCACGUGUAACGCUUGCAUCCUCCGCUUCGACCACCACUGCGUCUGGCUCGCUACCUGCAUCGGCCAGCGCAAUCUCAAGUUUUUCCUCCUCUUUCUUCUCUACACCACGCUCGCCGCCACACACGCCACCUACGUUCUGCUGUGCUUCAUGCGCGCCAUCCAUCAACCGCACGUCCACCAUUUUUCUACUCCGAGGGACGUGCUCGCGGGCGCCGUUGCCGCGCCCAUCUCCCUCGCUGUGUCCGUUUGCGCUGCGUUUGGAGUCUCAUGUCAGCUAGCCUGGAGCAUGUGGCUCGCCGCCAGAAACGAGACCACUCUCGAGCAUCUCGUGCGCACUACCGAAAACCGAGCCGAUGCAGACCGGGGCGGAAAAGAGCUCCUUGUUUACGACAGAGGCUUGGUGAGUAACCUUAUGCACGCGCUGGGGGGAAAUCCGCUGCUAUGGCUACUGCCCGUCUACGGCGGGCGCGAGGGGUCGUUGAAGGGAAGGUGGGGCGAUUGA